GAUGCAUGCUGCCGUUUGGUGUCAGUCUUAAGUUAGCACCGCGUUGAGGUAGACGUUCUAUCAGUUCCGACCAGUUGACUCAUACGCAGUGUGUUCCGUGCCGGUUAGGUUCUGUGUUUUUCUUUCGUUUCGCUUCGCGCCGUAGGCUCAAUUAAUGCCGAUUGACGUCGUGUGUCCGGAUCUUUGCAGCAAGGAUAAACAAAUUGUGACACCCAACCGUCGAUUCCUGGAAGUUCGGAUCGAAACUCAGGAUCGACAUUCACGUCGUAUGUAAGCUGUCAAGGAGAGAGGUACUAAUUAAACCGGCAAACCUUGGCAAGCUUUCUUGGAAAAUAUUGUCAUAACACGACGGUGGCCAGAGAGCAGAUCGAAAACUCACAUCAAGACGAAACCCACCCCCACCGCCGUCGCCACCGACUCGGUCGCUCUACAUGGGUUUGUAAUAACUUUUAAUUGAUCUUCGAGUGUCGGACACUUUGUACUGGGACCGGAGAGCCGAGUGAAGCUUUUAUGAAGGUUUUCCAGCUAAGCAAUACGUGAGAUGUGUGUAUUCCACUGACGUCGUCACAGCAGCAGCAACAGGCGUCCGACGUGAUUCAUUAGCAGACGUGUUCGAAUAUCGUCAUUAACAGCACUAAACUGGCACAAACCGAAACCCAACAAACCGACAGUAGUGACUCGCGGACGGUUUGGGAAAAAGGUUUUGCAAUCGAUUCGCCAGUAGUCGCGUACAGCCAUUAGAAGAGGAUCAACGGAGAGAUAGCUCUACGAUCAAGAUUCCAACUACAGUGAAUAGAAGACGAAGAAAAGAGGAGGAAGGUUGAAGUUGUCGUAAAUGUCUACUCGUCUGGAACAGGGCAGCGCCGGCGAGAGAAGAGAGCGAGAGGUCAAACAGGAAUGUUUAUGAGGCCUCAUGGGUGUAUGUGAAUAAAUGAUAUUAUUUUUUAAUUACUAGUUGUUAAAAGAGAACAGAAAAAAAACAACAACAGUGUAAAGUGCAGCUUGAUGAUCGUCCAGCCGGAGUCAACGGCGAACUAGUUAUUUUUAUAAUUAAAACGUCUUUCGAAUUGUAGUGUUGGUAGAAUUACCGAGAAAAAUUGAUGAAAAAAAAACUGCUUGCUCACCAGCAGUUCUAGUUUGAUGAAGAACAAGUAGCGGUGGAAGUCGCCAGUCCCGGGCAGCAAGUUGGUAAAUUAGCGUGCAAUUUCCGAGGACCGUCACAAUUCGUUGGUAAAUCAGCGGUACCUGGAAUUUUGGUGUGGCACCGCUUAUCCGGUCCGUUCGUCGCGACCAGCGAAGUCGCAACCACAUCGAGCGGAAGUAAACGGGCCAGAGGGAAUAGAUAAUCAGUCAACGAAAAUCCAUCGAUUACAAACGUGCAGCGCUGGGUUGUAAAGCUUUCGACAAACAAGCUCCAAGAAGAAAGAGACACCGCUUAGUGGUAAUGGGAAGGUUUUAAAACCACUGCGGGGUGGCGGCCAAGUGACAAAGCGCUGUUCCAAAGCGUGUGGCCCGAAAAGAAGAAAAGAACGCGUGAAUAUAUAUCGUUACAGAAAAGUUGGUUAUUUGAUUAAUUAAUAAGCAUAUUAGUGUCAUCGUUUGGUGUACAAUUUCCAUUACUGUUUGGUGUUCCGCGUCGCUUCAUAUAUCAAUUAACAUAGUUGUAACUAGUACGCUGUUUACACUCAUAUCAACGCUUCAAAACAGCAACCGCUCCGUCACAUCACCGCAGCGAGGUGUGUGGUAUCAACAGGAAUAUCGAGCUUAAAUCAAUCAACAUGUUGUUUCACAAGUGCAUCUCGUCCCCUAGUAUGUUGGCGGCAACGACGAUGCCAACGACAACGACGACGAGAAGGAGGAGAAGGUGUCACUAUGUCGGUGAUGUUAAACUGCUGACAGUUUUGAUUACUGCCUGUCUCACGGUGGCAACCGGAUUGAUUGGUAGGGCUCACGGCGAAGAUCACUGCAGUGAGCAUCGUUAUAAUGAGUCCCUUGUCAGUGAUUACAUGCAGUUUACAAAAGAGGUAGCCGAACGGGAGUAUGGUGUUAUAGGACAGUUCAAAAGUAUGCACUGCUGCGCCAAAGGAUACAGGAGCAUUGAAUGGUUCAAAAACGGCCAACCAUACCCAUGGGGAGGUGAUAUAUCGUCACUAAUUGUGUACCCGGAGGCGGCCAACCAAACCAUCUACACUCAUCGGAUAUCGGAAACGGAUAUUGGCAACUACUCAUGCGUACUGCGGAACGACACCAGCAUUAUUCGGCACGACAUUGAGCUACGAAUGCAAGAAGACAAACCAGACUACCCGCUGCCGACGUUCAAACCGAAAGAUGUGAUCAUCAACCUGGGCGAGACGGCACGAUUCUACUGCGAGGCGUUUGUGGGAAAGCUCGAUCUACCGGAUGCAACCAAUAAAAUCGUGUGGACGCAGAUGUUCGACGACAAACCAGCUUCCAUAAUGGAUGCGAAUCAGUUGAACGUGACGAGGGAGGACGGUCAGAUUGUUGGUUCCUAUCUGUCAAUACCGAAAAUUCAGCAGCAUCACUACGGUCGAUAUCGUUGCCAAAUAACGUCCGGAAAUCUCGAGCGACCACUGGAGCUGAGCAUGGAACUUUCACCGGCUCAGGUGACCGCCGUCGCAGAAUCGGAGUUUGAGUUCCGAAUAAUGAUAACCUUUGUGUCUGUGGCGAUCGUGCUCUUAGUAUUCUUGUUGUUAAUCUGUAGGACAAAUAUUCGAAAGGAUCAUAAUGACAAUCGCUGUUCGGCACAGUUUAUCGCAAAUAACGAGAAUGUGUAGACAUUUGUUGCUGUGUUUAGAAUUUAAGGACAUUCUCCUUUUCGAAAUUAAUUUAUUACUCCCGAUUAGAGCUAUGAGCUGCAAUUGUAAUUUAUUUGUUCAAUAAUCCUCAUUAGUGUUAAGGUCCAAAAUUAAGCUUAAAUUUUUCGUUUCGUUUAGUUAGACAAUGUAAAUAUUUUCAGUACAGCCCAAAGGUGAAUCGUUUAACUCGAUAUUCCGCUGUUUUGUGACCGAAGCGAAAGUGGGUGGAUCCGUGUUUGGAAAUCCAUUUAAGAGACUGACUUUUGUGAUUUUGUAGAGGUCUAUUUUUCUGUACAUGCUGCUACCGUUAGAUGUAUAAGUUCAUUUAAGCAACGGUACAAAUAUGCAUUCGAGUAAACGAUUCAGUGACAAAUAGUCACUUGAAGAGAUCGUCUGAUCCGAGCUUAAUAAUCUAUUACACAGAAGAAAAUAAAACAUAUACAAAUUGAAACUACUGGUAUACACGUUAAACGUCAAACAAUGGUGAUUACAAAUGAGCGAAAAUCAAUGUUGGCUUUCCGAUAACUAAACCGUAUGUUUUAUUGUUGUUAAGUUGACUAAAGCGUCGGUUAGCUAAAAGCAAUAAAAAUAAAACUUUUUGACUUAUAGUAUUCAUAUGAUUCAAGCGUGUUGUCAGAGUUUGUUCAAAUGCGCCCGAAAUUUGAAUCCCUAGAUUGUACCAGUGACAGGAAGCACAAAUUGGUGACCGUUUACGUUCUUCUCGAUCAUUCCUUUUCCUUUCAAACCUAGUUUGAAUCUAAUGUAACGCAACGUAACGUUUCUUCAUCCUCAGUACGUAUAAUUUAGGUGGUAAUACCAUUUCUGUGUCAUACAAUCAACCGAUAUUGAUAUAUUCAUGUAUGUACUAGCAGUGAAGGAUAUGCGUACUUCUGCUGUAAAUUUAAACGCUAUCAUUUGUAAUGAAAAUAACCUAACAACAGGAUGUUGUUUUGAAAUACCUGUGAAACAAUACAUUUGAGAAAAAAAAAACAUGUUGUAGAAUUACAAUUCCCAUAAAGGCUAA